AUGUUUGCACCACAGGUUACCGGCACCUGCCAGACAACGAAAUGGUGUAAAGGGCGCAACGGCCAGCAGCCCGUGACUGGUGCAUGCCCCAACGACCCGGCCGAUGUCAAGUGCUGCCUCUUUCCGGAUUGCGAGGACGGUGUAGGCAUGGGCUGCUUCCUCGAAUCCGAAUGCUACACAUAUACUCAUCCAGGUCUAUGUCCGGGGCCGAGCAACUACAAGUGCUGUGCCAUUCCUUGA